AAAGGGAGGGUAGAGGGGGAGGUCAGUGAAAGCCGAGAACAGAUCUUCUCUACACGACUUAAAAAAUGGAAUAUCCAGUGUGUUUCAUAGAGAACCAUGAAGAUGGAACAAUCCAAGUCAAUAAGGAGGCCCUGAACAUCUUAUCCCACUUUACUCAGAAGGUGGUUGUGGUGUCCAUAGUUGGGAAAUACCGUACUGGGAAGUCUUAUCUAAUGAACAAACUGGCGGGACGAAAAAAUGGCUUUUCCUUGGGAUCAACAGUCCAGUCCAUGACUAAAGGUAUCUGGAUGUGGUGUUUCCCUCACCCUGUGAAACAGGAUCACACCCUGGUGCUGCUUGAUACAGAAGGACUGGGCGAUGUGGAGAAGGGAAACAGCCAGAAUGAUUCCUGGAUCUUCGCCCUUGCCGUUCUUCUGAGCAGCACCCUGGUAUUUAACAGUGUAGGGACAAUUGACCAGCAGGCCAUGGAUCAACUCCAUUAUGUCACAGAACUUACUGAGAAAAUAAAAGUUAAAUCAUGUGAGAAACAAUCAGAUUUGGAAGAUGAUUCUGCAGAGUUCAAGAGAUUUUUCCCUUCAUUUGUUUGGUGCGUCCGAGAUUUUAAUCUUCUGCUGACACUCAAUGGAAAGAACAUCACUGAAGAUGAGUAUCUGAAGAAUGCCCUGAAGCUAAGGCCAGGCAAGAAUGCAGCAAUUCGGAAUUAUAACCUACCCCGGGAGUGCAUACUCCAUUACUUUCAUUCACACAAAUGUUUUGUGUUUGAUCGACCGGCAUCUAAGGAGAAUCUCCAGAACAUGGAUAAUGUGCAGGAGUCUCAGCUGGACCCUGCCUUUGUACAACAGACAAAAAGAUUCUGUCAAUACAUUUAUGAGGCGAGUCCUGUUAAAACCCUAUCGGGUGGGUACACGAUGACCGGGAGAGGCCUUGGGGAUGUUGCAGUCUCCUAUGUAGAGUCAAUUCGUAGCGGUUCCAUUCCUUCUAUGGAAAAUGCAGUUGUUGCUUUGGCAAAAAUUGAGAAUGCUCGGGCCGUACAAGAAGCUUUAUCUAAGUACGAUGAGAUGAUGAGACAACAUGUAAACAGAUUCCCAACUGAGACACAUGAGGAGUUUUUGAACAUGGACAAGGAAGUUCAGGCAGAAGCAUUGAAAGUCUUCCUGAAACUUUCCUUCAAAGACGAAAACCAAGAAUACCAGUUCAAGCUUUUAGAAGAGUUGGCAGGUAAAAAGGCAGCGUAUCAGCAGAUAAAUGAAGAGGCGUCCGUGAGAAGGUGCAGAACCUUACUGCAGGAGCUCAGUGCUGGCAUGGAGAAAGGAAUAAGAGAAGGAAGGUUCACUGUGCCCGGAGGAUAUAAACUGCUUAUUGAAGACAAGAAAUCAUUGGAAGCCGAUUAUAUGAGGGCCAGAGGCAAGGGGCUAAAGUCCCUGGAAGUCUUGCAAGAGUUUCUGAAAGAAAAGGAGAAUGUGGAAUCCAGCAUCUUGACAGCAGAUAACACUUUGAAAGAACAAGAAAAAAAGAUGGCUGAGCAGAGAUUACAGGCAGAAGCUGCGGCACGAGACAAGGAGAUCCUGGAAAAGGCCAACAUGGAACUUCAGAAGAACAUUGAGAAUGAACAUGAAAGCUAUAGGAUGCACAUUAAAAUGCUGGAAAAGAAAAUGAGUGAAGAAAGGGAGAAGAUGAAGGAAGAAAAUGAAUGGCUGAUAAAAGAGAAACUCAAGGAACAACAAGAAAUGCUGGCCGGAGGGUUUAAACAGCAAUGUCAGAUGCUGGAGGAAGAGAUUAAGCAAUUACGAGAGGAGAACAGCAGACCCCAAUCCUUAUUGGGAGAAAUAAUAACAGCAAUAUUACCUGGUGCUUUAGGAAAAAUAGUGAAGAAAGUUCUGUUAUAGGAGCAGUUAUCUAUUGUGUAUUAAAGGGGUACUCCGCUGCUCAGCGUCAUGCGCCCUCCCAUAGAGGGGGCUAUCACGCCCCCUCCCAUAGACUUGCAUUGAGGGGGCGGAGCAUGACGUCAUGAGGGGGCGGUGCUAUGAUGUUACAAGCUCCCAGCUCCAGCGUUCGGAACAGCGGAGUACCCCUUUAAGGUGACCAUACAACUUCAUUAUCUCUGGUCUAAUCUACAUUAGACCAACAGUUAUUGCUUUUUCCCAACAUCACCCACAUCCCCCCCAGAACACACACACAUAUACACAAGAUAUACACAUAUACACAAGAUACACAUAUAUACACAAGAUACACACAUAUACACAAGAUAUACACAUAUACACAAGAUACACACAUAUACACAAGAUAUACACAUAUACAGAAGAUAGUUAGAUGCACAUUUAUAGAUAUAGCAUAGUGUACUAGAAGUGCUCACUCUAUAAGUAUUAGUUUAUGUAGUAAUGUGUGCCUUUCAAUAUGUUUACAUACCUGAAAAAACAGACUCUAAAACAUUUUGCGCAUCAACAUUGUUUUUAACCCGUUGAUGAUCUACAAAAUAAAAAGUGUGACAUUGGGACCCGGCAGUAGCUGUUUGCAUCCGACCCGUUUCAGGGUCCGUUUGGCUCGGAAAAAAAAGUGCUGAAUGUAAUUCAGAUUAUUGUAGAUGGUAACAGUUAGGCCCCUUUCACAAUGACGUAGUGCCCAUUGGCAAACGUCCGUCAGGCACUUUUUUUUGUGCCUUAACGGAAGUUAUUUUUGAUGGGGCACAACGGGAAACAACAGGUCCCGACAGAUCCCAUUUACUAUUAUGGGGUCCAUUAGGCGCCGUAGUUUUUUGACAGGACUAGCGGGAAGAAAAAUCAUUGCAUGAUGUAUUUUUAUUCCCGAUAUUCUCCCGGGGUUCCCCGAUGGACGUCACACUGCC